AUGCCUGAGUUCAACGGCGCAUCUGGCGUUGUUGAGCCUGUUUGCGUCAAUGGAAGGGAAGCAGUAAGACGAUCCUCUUCGGUAUGCCAUCCGGCCGUGUGUCCUAGACUAGCGCGGCAAGAGUCGAACAUCAAAUCUGCCCUGACGCUGCCAUUCCAGCGCAUCGUCGGUUCAAGUUCAAGUGAGAAAGCAGGGUCUCAGUACGGAUACGGCUGA